CAUGUGACCGACUGCAGAGGCCGCGCCGCCUCCCCCGCCCGAGGUCUGCGCGCUCCGCCGCAGGGUGCAGAUCGGGGGCGCCCGCCUGGGUUUGGGGCGCAAGAGCAGAGGUGGAGCCAGGGCGGAGCCAGCGCGCCCCGUCCCCCCCGUUUCCAAUCGAAAGCGAAACGGAGGGCUGGAAAGGAAGGGCGGAACCGGCCUGGAGGCCCCGCCCCCUGCCCUAAGAGGAAGCUGGACAGACGGGCGCGCCCAGGUAGGGGGGCGCUGAGCGCCCAGUGCGGACCCUCGCGGGGACCUGCGCCGCCACCAUGUCUCAGGAAGGUGUGGAGCUGGAGAAGAGCGUCCGGCGCCUCCGGGAGAAGUUUCAUGGGAAGGUAUCCUCCAAGAAGGCGGGGACUCUGAUGAGGAAAUUUGGCAGCGACCAUACCGGAGUGGGGCGCUCCAUCGUGUACGGGGUAAAGCAGAAAGAUGGACAGGAACUGAGUAAUGACCUGGAUGCCCAGGACCCCCCAGAGGACAUGAAGCAGGACCGGGACAUCCAGGCGGUGGCGACCUCGCUUCUGCCACUAACAGAAGCCAACCUACGCAUGUUCCAACGUGCCCAGGAAGACCUCAUCCCUGCCGUGGACCGGCAGUUCGCCUGCUCCUCCUGUGACCAUGUCUGGUGGCGCCGCGUGCCCCAGCGGAAGGAGGUGUCCAGAUGCAGGAAAUGCCGGAAGCGCUACGAGCCAGUGCCCAAUGAAAAGAUGUGGGGCGUGGCUGAGUUCCACUGCCCGAAAUGUCGGCACAACUUCCGGGGCUGGGCACAGAUGGGGUCCCGGUCCCCCUGCUACGGGUGCGGCUUCCCCGUGUAUCCGACACGGAUCCUCCCUCCACGCUGGGACCGGGACACAGAUCGCCGCAGCACCCACACCCACUCCUGCUCGGCUGAGGACUGCUACAAUCGGCGAGAGCCCCACGUGCCUGGGACGUCCUGCGCACACCCCAAGAGUCGGAUGCAGAACCACCUGCCCAAAGUCCUGCACCCCAGCAACCUCCACAUCAGCAGUGGCUCCACUGUGGCCACCUGCCUGAGCCAGGGGGGCCUCCUGGAAGACCUGGACAACCUCAUUCUGGAGGACCUGAAGGAGGAGGAAGAGGAGGAGGAGGAGGGCAGGCAUGGGGAGUGACCCCUGCCAGGUGCAGAUGCAAACCAGACACGGUCUGUGGAUAUUUUGUGUUGUUAUAAAAUAUGAGCUCAAA